AUGAAGACAAUCUUGAAGAAACCGGCCGGUGAAUCCUCCUCAAAACGGAACCCGACGCCGCAGCGCUCCAGGUCAACACGGGGAGAGAUCAUGGCUACGAGCAUCGAGUCUCCCUCGGAAUCACCAGCGAAGACAGAACCCCAAUAUCCCGGGGCGGCUCGGAUUCCCAGGACACAGAUUCAUGAAGAACGAGCCAGGAAACUGGGCACCAACUACGGGGUGGAGAUCGAGCCCGGUGACUGGCAUUCGGCGGAAGGCGAAGUUUACCGGAUAGAGAAGCCCGUCCGCAUACGCAUCCACAGGGACUGCCACCGCCCACCCAAACGGACCGAGUCUCAGAAGAAGGCCAACCGGGAAAAGCGAGAGGCGGCAGCCCAGCAGCACCAAGAAUUCGCUCCCAUCAUCCCGCAUUACGGUCUCGCAGAGCCGAUCGUCGUCACACGCCCAAGUAAGACUGGUGGGCAAGCUUUGGUCCACAAGCCUCCGCGCAUGAGGGUCCGGAGGAAUUGUCACAAAUGCGCUACUCUGUUUACACCGAAUAAUCGCAUCUGUGGCACCUGUGGCCAUACACGAUGUGACGAUUGUCCCAAGUCACCUAACAAGAAGAAGAAGUACCCUUACGGGUAUCCUGGGGACGAACCGGGCCCCAAAUCGUCGUCCUUCCACGCGUGUCACGAAUGCAACGAAAAAUUCCCUCCGAACUCAGAGGACGGGACCGAGUGCGCUCAAUGCUCUCACGAGAAGUGUGCAAGCUGCCCCCGAGUGCCACGCGUGAAAGUGCAGCCCGAACCCGACGCCGAGCUACUAAGGGGUAUUUCAAGCCGGUUUGAACAGCUCGAGUUGAGCUGA